CAAAAUCAAUAUCUUAAACGUGCUUGGAGUUAAACCCUCAAAUACGCGAAAAUGGAAGAGCCAACUUAUGAUCCGAGUCGUCCCAUGCCAGCCCUGGAACUUGUCUAUGUACACAAGAUCGUCAACUGUCCGGGAAAGACAAUCGUUGGCCUGCGCGUGGAUUUCCCCCCAAACGGAUCGACUCCACCCCAUCGACACGGCGGCGCUUCGGUCUCGGCCUACGUCGUUAGCGGCACACUUUUAAACAAGAUGAAUGAGGACCCAAUGAAAGUGAUUCCUGCAGGAGGCUCUUGGUAUGAGGCACCGGGUUGCCAUCACCGCAUCAGUGACAAUGCCAGUUCGACAGAGCCGGCCACACUCAUGGCUGUUAUGAUAUUGGACUCGGAUGUAUACGAGCGCGAUGGGAUGGCAGCGUUGCUCCAGAUUGAUGAGGAGUACAAGCAUAACUAGAACCUUUGAUUUGGC